AUGGCACCACCUGUGAGGUACUGCAUCCCUGGCGAACGUCUGUGUAACAUGGAAGAAGGCAGCCCCGGGAGCGGCACCUACACCCGGCACGGCUACAUCUUUUCGUCGCUGGCGGGCUGCCUGACGAAAACCAGCGAGAAUGGCGCGCUUCCUGUGGUGUCUGUGAUGAGAGAAACAGAGUCCCAGCUACUUCCAGAUGUAGGAGCUGUUGUCACAUGUAAGGUCUUUAGCAUCAACUCACGUUUUGCCAAAGUACACAUCUUGUAUGUGGGGUCCACACCACUAAAAAAUGCUUUUCGAGGAAUUAUCCGCAAGGAAGAUAUCCGAGCAACUGAAAACGACAAGGUUGAAAUUUACAAGAGUUUCCGCCCAGGUGACAUAGUUUUGGCCAAAGUUAUCUCCCUAGGUGAUGCACAGUCCAAUUACCUGCUGACCACUGCUGAAAAUGAGUUAGGGGUAGUGGUAGCCCACAGUGAAUCGGGUGUCCAGAUGGUUCCCAUCAGCUGGUGUGAGAUGCAGUGCCCCAAGACCCACACUAAAGAAUUCCGAAAAGUGGCCAGAGUACAGCCUGAGUUCUUACAAACCUAAGCACACUUCCCCUCAAAGACGGAGCUGCCUGUUUCCAAGAGUACCAGUAUGAAAAGAACAUCAAGAUGCCACAGUCUUUAUUAAGGAUUCUACAGUUACCUAGCAACCACCUCUUGAAAAAUCUGCCAGAAAUAAGUUUGUGUUGUAAUGAGCACCCAAGGCCUAUGCAGCUGAGACAGGAAGAUUUUUAGUUCUCAAAUGUGAGUGUAGCCUAGGCUACAUAGUAAGACUCUUUCAACCAAAAUAUAAAACACUAUUCUUGGGAAACUGUGAUUUUUAUUCUCUUGGCUGGUGUUUGCAUUCAACAAACAAAACCAUG